CUUGUGGAACAGGUCGUGGCCCUGAAAACAUGCGGUGCAGAUUUCUGCGGUUUUUCGCACAUUUUCUUUGUUUUAUAUUGCCGUGAGCAGUUUCAAUGAACAUGGAACCAGGAUAGAAUACCGUGAAGCUUUUGUGCUACAGGACAUCGUAGAAAGUGCUGAUUUUUUUCUGGAUUUUCCCAAGAAUCGAGUCACCGGAUACUAUUCUCAGGCCUACUGACUGCCAUCACUGGUCAUGGCUUCGGUGAAAGUUGCAGUUCGCGUGCGGCCGAUCAAUCAAAGAGAAAUCAACUUGGGCUCAACCUGCAUUAUCUCUACAGAGGGAAAGAAGACAAGCAUAACAAACCUGAAAAUACCGGCCCAUCCUGGGGAAGGAGAGGCGGCGCUUGGACGAGAGAGAGUCAAAACCUUCACCUAUGACUAUUCAUAUUGGUCAGUCAACCAAUCAGACCCACAGUAUGCAUCCCAGGAAAAGGUUUUCAACGAUCUCGGACAGGAUGUUCUCAAGUCGGCCUUCGAGGGCUACAAUGCCUGUAUCUUUGCCUAUGGGCAAACUGGAUCGGGUAAAUCCUACACAAUGAUGGGUGAGCCGUCCUGCAAGGGAUUAAUACCAAGAAUAUGCGAAGGCCUCUUCAGUAGGAUUAAGAAAGACGAUGACGGUAUAUCGUGCCGAACUGAAGUCAGCUACCUUGAAAUCUACUGUGAGAGAGUGCGAGACCUGCUACGACCAAGCACCCAGUACACCCUGAGAGUCAGGGAACACCCCCGCGAUGGACCCUACGUCCAAGACCUUUCCAAGCACCUUGUGUCUGACUACCAAGAUGUUCAUGUCCUUAUGGAUAAGGGGAACACACAAAGAACCACGGCUUCCACCAUGAUGAACGACACCAGCAGUAGGUCACAUGCAAUCUUCACCAUCACUUUCACCCAAGCCAAAUUUCACGAUGACAUGCCAAGUGAGACCAUCAGUAAAAUCAACCUGGUAGAUCUGGCAGGCAGUGAAAGAGCAGAUGCCACAGGUGCUACAGGGGACCGGUUAAAAGAAGGAGCCAAUAUUAACAAAUCACUGGUCACCCUUGGUAAUGUAAUUUCAGCUUUAGCUGAUAUGUCGUCCAUGGUGAAUCACAGUCCCGUGUCCACAACCAACAAGCGCAAGUCCAUGGUGUUUAUUCCCUACCGGGAUUCGGUCCUGACAUGGCUGUUGAAAGACAGCCUUGGAGGCAACUCUAAGACCAUCAUGGUGGCAAGUAAGUAUCAUGCUCGGGAAAGUUUGGCAUAA